AUGUUGCCUACUCUUGGUUAUUCAGUGUUAUUCAUAAUUGGCGCCAUUGUUGUGAAGCUGGUAGUAUCCAAAAUACGCUUUACAAAGAAAUACAAACUUCCAAAUGUUGUCCCUGGCUGGCCAUUCAUUGGAAAUUCGCUCGAUGUGCCAUAUCCGGCAGGUAUGUGGGGUGUUGAUAUGGCCAAGAAAUAUGGCGAAAUGUUCACGGUCAAUAUCGGAGGCAGGAGACUAGUCUACCUCAAUUCCUCUCGUGUUGUGACGGACCUCCUGGAAAAGCGAGCUGCAAUUUAUUCGUCACGUCCUUUCCGCCCAAUGCUCAGCGAUAUCAUGUCCGGUGGUGCUCGUAUAGUUUUUAUGGGAUACACGGAUAGGUGGCGCAACCAACGGAAAAUCAUGCAUUCAAUAUUGAAUGGAAAACAGGCGGAAGCAAAGUUCGUUCCAUUUCAAGACUUGGAAGCCAAACAGCUAGUACUCGACAUGUACAAAGAGCCAGAGAAUUUUCAUAAAGCCAGUCAACGCUUCUCCAACUCCGUAAUCUUGAGUGUUAUAUUUGGACGAAGAGCAAAGAAAGACGACGAACUGUUAAAAUUCAUUCUUGGGUAUACCCAAACGCUUGGAGAGUAUCAAUUCAACCCCAUCAAAAGCCCUGCGGAUGUGUUUACUUGGCUAUCAAACAUUCCCACGUCUCUACAGUGGUGGAGACCAUUUGGUGAGAGGUUCUUCAGAAAACAUGUAGCAAUGUUCCAAAAAGAGUACGACGCGCUCCUUGAUAAAAUGAACAAGGGCACCGCAAAGCCAUGUUUUGCGGUCGAUGUGCUGCGUGGUACGGCGAAAAAAGAGUUCGAAAUCGAUGAUAUUGAAAAGAUCUACACCUGGACCUCUCUCAUAGAAGCCGGUAGUGACACGUCUCGCGUAGCCGUUCUACAAAUGAUGGCCGGUGCAGCGUGUUACCCAGAGUGGGCGAAAAAAGCCAGGGCUCUUCUAGAUGAAGUCUGUGGCGCUGAUGCUAAUCGAUUACCUACUCUUGCGGAUAGAUCAAACUUACCUUAUAUCACAGCAGUAAUGAAAGAAACGCUGCGCUGGCGUCCGUUCCUUCAAUCCGGCGUACCACAUACCCUGAUGCGGGAUGAUGAGUACGAGGGGUACAAGUUUCCUGCCGGCACGGAGUUUAGCUGGAACGCAUACUCUAUCGCCCUUAACGAAAAAGAGUAUUCUAAUCCGCUCAAAUUUGAGCCAGAGCGCUUUAUGAAUGAUGACUUGCAUAAGACAGCGAAAGGGCAUUGGAGUUUUGGAGCUGGUCGUCGUGUCUGCGUUGGUCUCAAUGUCGGUGCAAACAAUAUUUGGAUUGCAGCUGCAUGUAUUUUAUACUGCUUCGAUAUUGAACAGGACCUGGAUUAUCCAAUCGACCAGUUUAACACCCUUUGGGAAGAACCCUUGAAAGCCCCAUUCAAAGUCAAGAUCACGCCGCGGAGCAAGGCACAUAUCGAUCUUAUUGAGCGGGAGGGAGCCACGGCUGCAGCAGCAGACUACUGA